UGGGGGGAUUAAGUAAGGGAAUUUCCCACAAGUAUAUAAGAGCUUGUUAGCAAAAACCUUACAUAUUUUCAUUGCAGCCUACAGGCAAAACUUGAUCGAACAUGGACCAACAAGCCAACUCUCCAAUCAACCCAAAGAGUGGCUUCAACUCCUCAGCAAAGACUUUCCAUAGCCUAAGACCUCCUAUCCAUCUCCCUCCCGAGGAAACUCCUUUCUCAGCAGCUGACUAUGCUCUCUCACUCCAUGCCAACCACUCUCCCUGGCCUGAUUCAUUAGCCAUAAUCAACUCAUCCACAAGCCAAAAGCUUUCUUACUCGGACUUCAUUGAAAGAAUCAAAUCCUUAACCUUGUAUCUCCAAAAUGUCACUCAACUUCGCAAAAAUGACACUGCCUUUAUUCUCUGUCCAAACUCCAUUAAAGUCCCCGUUCUGUACUUCUCUCUUCUUUCACUUGGUGUAGUGAUCUCCCCUGCAAAUCCCAUAAGCACUGAAUCAGAAAUCUCACACCAGAUCAGUCUCUCUAACCCGGUAAUCGCCUUUGCUAUAUCAAAAACAUGUCACAAGCUUCCAAAGCUGAAAUACAGAACCAUUCUCAUCGACUCACCUGAGUUUGACUCAGUAAUUACCAUGUCUCCUGCGGCUGCAACAACAGCUCAGCAAGACCUCGAAAAGGUUACAGUGAGUCAAUCAGACUUGGCAGCGAUCAUGUACUCCUCAGGCACGACAGGGAAAGUCAAAGGAGUGAUGUUGACUCACAGGAACCUCAUGGCUGUAAUUGCGGGGUACUAUCCAUUUAAACAAGAGAGGAAAUCCCCUACUGUCAUGCUUUACACGGUGCCAUAUUUUCACGUGUUUGGAUUCUUCUACAGUUUUAAAUCAGUAGCAUUAAGUGAAACAGUGGUGGUGAUGGAGAGGUUUGAUUUGAAGAAGAUGUUGAGAGCUGUGGAGAAGUUUAGGGUAACCCACCUGGCGGUGGCGCCACCAGUGGUUGUAGCGAUGGCAAAGAGUGACUUGACGGACGGUUACGAUUUGAGGUCGCUGGAGACUGUGGGGUGUGGUGGUGCUCCGCUUGGGAAGGAUGUUAUGAAGGUGUUCGCAGACAGGUUUCCUACCGUGGACCUGUGGCAGGGUUAUGGGCUAACUGAAUCAACGGGGGUCCUGUCCCGAUCAAAUAGUCCGGAAGAAAGUCGCCAUUGGGGUUCAGUAGGAAGGCUCACCGCCUGUUGUGAAGCAAAAAUUGUUGAUGCUGAUACCGGUGACGCCUUGCCUCCGGGGAAGCAAGGAGAGCUUUGGGUUAGAGGAUCCACAAUAAUGAAAGGUUAUGUUGGUGAUCCUGAAGCAACUUCUACUACCUUGGAUCCAGAUGGCUGGUUGAGGACUGGUGAUCUUUGUUAUAUAGACGAGGAAGGUUUUUUAUUCGUUGUUGACAGACUGAAGGAACUGAUCAAAUACAAGGGAUACCAGGUUGCUCCAGCUGAACUAGAGCAACUGCUCCAGUCCCAUCUAGAGAUAGCUGAUGCUGCAGUAAUACCAUACCCUGACAAGGAAGCUGGUCAGGUGCCCAUGGCUUUUGUGGUGAAACAGCCUCAGAGUAGAAUCAAUGAAAGGGGGGUAAUGGAUUUUGUUGCAAAACAGGUUGCACCAUACAAGAAAGUAAGGCGAGUAGAGUUUGUCAGUGCUAUACCCAAGAGUCCAGCAGGAAAAAUAUUGAGGAAGGAACUGAGAAAGAUGGUUCUAAUUCCGUUCCCUUCAUCGAAAAUGUAAUUAAUGAACUGAUUUCAGAAUUGUUGGAAAAUUAUAUGCAAUUAAGAAGGCUAUUGAUAGUA